AUGCUUGAUUAUACACAAGAAGCAUGCUGGUCACCGACAUUAACACCAUCAUCAUCAAGAAUAAAUUUAUCUAUCAGUGGUCAAUUACAAUCUUAUUGUGAUUUAAUAUAUCAUCAUGAAUUCUAUGUUGAACAUUUUACAGCAAUAACAACACAUUAUCAAUUAUUAUUAUUAUUAUUAUUUUUUAUUUUAUCUUAUACAUCAUACAUCAUUUUAUUAAUUGAACAAUUUCUUCCAUUACCAUUAAAUAAACAAUUAUUACCUAAAUAUUUACCAUUAAUUUUAUAA